CUCAUCUUUCCUUUCCUUUUCUCUUCUCAAAGCAACUACGUCAAUUUGGAAGCCGAAACUGAGAGAGACCAAAUCGACUUGAGGACCACCACCUCUACUCUCCUACUUCAUGGCGUCUCUCUUUCAGAAAUUUCAACAGUUUGUGGCAACACUGGCAAAAAGUCCAACAUUUGCAAAAGAUCCAAGACGCCUUCAAUUUGAAGCAGACAUAAAUCGUCUCUUUCUCUGUACCAGCUACAAUCGUGUGGGGAAAGAUGCUGAAGAUGCAGAUAUAGAGGAGAUAAUCAACAUGGCAAGUAAAGCUGAGCUAGCAGAUCAAGAAAGACAAGUCCAAGAAAACAUCCAUUCUCAAAUCACAAACUUCUGUACAUCAAUGGACGAAAUCCUCCUUCCUGACUUCAACUCUCAUGAUCCAUCACUUAAAUCAUCAUCCCAACAAAACCCCACUACCCCUCGUCCUAGUGGCCUUAGUCUUGCAAUUGGUAGAAAUACUCCAACAAACAUCAAUCUUCUUGAUGUACCCGAGACAAAACAGUUGACAUUCACAGAGGUAUCCCAAAAGUUAAAAGAUGUUACAGGAUACACCCUUGAGCUAAAACCAUCUCAAAUCCCUCAUGAACAAGCUGGAAGAGGUUUAUUCAUAGAUGGUGAAGCAGAUGUUGGCUCUGUAAUAGCACUCUACCCAGGUGUGAUCUACUCUCCGGCUUUUUACCGUUAUAUCCCUGGAUACCCAAGAAUCAAUGCACAAAACCCUUAUCUCAUCACUAGAUACGAUGGGACAAUCAUCAAUGGUCAACCAUGGGGUCAAGGUGGUGAAACCCGAGAACCAUGGGGUCAAUCUAGGGUUUAUCAGUCAAACCCUAGUUUAGAAUCAGAAUCAGGGUCAGUGUCAGGGUCAGGGUCAGACCGGGUGUGGAAGAUGUUGAGUAAACCUUUAGAAGGGUCAAAGUUAGGGUUUAAUGGUGAUGAGGUGUUAGAGAGAAGGAAUCCAUUAGCUUUAGGUCAUUUUGCAAACCAUCCUGCAAAGGGUGUGGAGCCUAAUGUGAUGGUUUGUCCUUAUGAUUUUCCUUUGAGUGAAAAGGGUAUGAGAGUUUAUAUACCGAAUGUAAGUUUUGGGGGUAAAGAGGGAGAGGGAGUGAAGAUGAAAAGGUUUGGGAGUUUUUGGUUCAAGUCCGGGGGGGUUUCUGACAAUAAUGGUGAAAUGGAAGGGCCGAUUAUGAAAAGUCUUGCACUUGUUGCCAUGCGGCCACUUUGUAAUGAAGAGAUUUAUUUGAAUUAUAGAUUGAGUAAUUCCAAGAGGCGGCCUUCGUGGUAUUCCCCUGUGGAUGAAGAAGAGGACCGAAGAAGAUGGAGCUAA